CGCGCAAGUAGUCCCACGCUGUGGCGCCGGAUAUUUCCCGCGAUAGACGACCGCCCGGCCCCGGACGUUUUCACGGACGGAUUUGCGGGAAUCGGUGGUGCGAGAUAGCGACGAUACCGAUCGCCGAGAGAGCCGGAAUCGCGAGGACGAUUCGGGAGGAUGAGCUGACGUAGGGACGGGAAGGAGGGAGAGAGGAUUGAAGUGAGUCGCCGCUCAGGGCAGAGUGAAGUGCGCGUUUUCCCCCCUCGAGUCGAGUGCGAGUGCGGGCGCGCCCGGCGAGGACCACGACUUUCAAGUGUUCUUAUCUCGCAGGGAAUUUCAUCGCGAACGCGUCGUCGCGUCGCACACGCUUCGGGCGCGGAUAUUCGUCGCGCGUUUGACACACGCGUCGGUAACAUACGUGAGUUGCGUGUCGUCCCGAACUUGUCGCGCCCGCUCGUCGUCGAUGCGUGUGACGCGAGCGUAGAAAUGUACUCGCGCGCGCGAUGAUUCAAGCGGCAACAGAACGCUCUCGUUUCCGCCUCUCCGCGUCUUAAUCGGGUCGGUUGACGAUUCCGAGGAAGAUUCUCUCGCAGAAUUGCGAGCAAGUGAACGAGAGACUCGACAUUUCCCAACGAGACUGUACCGCGUGACGUGGUCGCGCGUGCUAUUUUUCAUACGAGUGUAACUUCAGAGUGUUGCCGGCGAUCCUUCUCGCCAGUUGACAUUUCGCCGGAAGGAAGCGCGGGUAAAUCGGCGGCGAGUGGAAAAGUGAAGGAAAAAAAAGUGCGGAAGGGAACACCCUGGGCCUCGAUCGCGCAGCGACGUUCCUGACGCCGGGCGGCGGAGUGAUUCACGGCGCGUCGUGGGGGCCCUCAGCUGUUUCCCGCCAAAGAUCGCCAUUACAAAACGCGUUCGGGCGUUGUGUGUGCGCGCCGCGCGGAGCGUGUGGCUGUCUCGUGGACGAAUCUUUGUGCGCGUCGCCGGCAUCCGCUGACGAAAAGAAGGGGCUGUCGCGAUACACGGCGUGUACCGAAAAAAGUGGCGAGUAACGCGUUUCCGCAUAUAUUACAUCGCGAACGGAGUAUUUGAUAAAACGCGCGUUGUUUGUCCCCUUCCUCCGUUCCGGUGGAGUGCGUGGUCGGUCGGGCGGGCGAGCGAGCGAACGAGCGAACGAACGACAAACGAACGAACGAAUAGCCGGGCGAGGAAGAAAGGAGCGAAUAAGUGCGCGAGAAAAAGUGAGAGCGAUAACGAAAAGAUAUCGAGAGCAGCGGGACUCGUCGUCUCUUCGCAGCCGCUACGACGGCUGUCGCGAACGUGAAAUUCGCUCGGCGGGACUCUCAGUGCUGCGGACCGAGAUAUGUCAGUGUUUGGUGGUGACGAUCGGAUUUUGCUCGAGGAAAUCGUCGAGUCGACUGAACAGCCGGAGGUUGAACUGUGCGGGAGCGUCGAGACGGUGGACGACGGCUCGGUGACCACGAGUGUGACGGUCGCCGAAGUCGCUGAUACACAAGAGCAGCAACCACCGCAGUCUAAAACUAACGUCGGAAUUGGCCGACGGAUUAAUAAUCAUAGCGCUGCUUUGAGCAACGGCAACAGUAUCAGCAACGUCGGCCGUGUCACGCCGCGCAGCCACAUGGAGCAGGAGAAGCGAAUACGGCGAGAAAUCGCCAACAGCAACGAGCGACGUCGUAUGCAGAGCAUCAACGCCGGAUUCCAGUCGCUUAGAACGCUGCUGCCGCAUCACGAGGGCGAGAAGCUGUCUAAGGCUGCGAUACUUCAACAGACUGCCGAAUACAUAUACCAAUUAGAGCAAGAGAAGACACAAUUGUUGUCGCAAAAUUGUCAACUGAAACGAUUGGUAAAUCAACACGAGGGUGGCGAUGUACCCAAGAAACGCAAAUCCGACACUCAAGGCGUCGUCGUUAGUCUACCUAUGCAUGUCAGCGAGAGCGGCGACGAAGGCUUGGGCAGCAUGUCCCCCGAGCCGAUGUCUGUAAUCACAGUGACCACAGAGGGACAUUCCGUGAACAGCGAGGUAGUGGAGCUUAGACGACAGCUAGAGAGGGAGCGUCACGCGAGACUGCAUUUAGAGAAACAGAUGAGAGCUAUACAGAGUCAGUUAUAUCCAGAGAGAUUCCGGGACAAUCAGCUUAUCGCUUAUCAGCCCCACGAGGUCAUCGAGCACACGGACAAUGUGAUGGCGCAGGAAACGGAAGAGGCGGUGGCCGCGUUGCAGGUAGUCUCGGUUAUGUCUUUGCCACCUGUGGGUUCCACUCAAACCGUGGAAACUUCAAGUCCGGAUCCGAGCUCGCCGCCAUUAUCGCCACAGCCAGCUGACAUGGAGAUAAAGCCGGAGGAGAUAAAGGAGGAAGAAUCGUGUCCAGGUAGUCCGAAGAUCGUCACUUUCGCCCAAAAUCAGGUGUUCACGGCGAUGGAGGAGCAGACCACUACGGAUUCAUUUUCAUCGUCGAGUCGCGUUACCUAUGCCACAUCAGCUUCUGCGGAUUUUAAGAACACUUCACCUCAGUACAUUACCGCGAGUCCCAGCAGACCUUUCUCACCGGCUGCUGAGCCUCAACGGCUACCCAGUGUUUUAGAGGCUGCGAUAAAGGCUGAGCCCAAAGUCGAGGUGGAGAGGUUGCCUUCUCCGUCGAACUCUUUGGACGACGGCAUUCCACAAGCAAGGCUGUAUAUCGCCAACACAUCUCGGCAGAACUUGGAAACGAUCGUCGAGGCGAUACGUCAUCUGGAGGGCGACCAUCUGUUUGGCGAAGAGCGAGAGCCCGCGCAGGAGGUGCCGUUAGCAUUGACCAAUAAGCAACAAACGAUGGUGAACUCAACGUCGACGAAGUCUACAUCGUCCUCUCCCCCAUCUUCCGCCUCGCCUUCGGCAACGUCCGCCACGGUGACAUCCGCGAAGCAACGGAUACUGCACGCCGAACACUUCCUCCAAUUUCACACGCAACAACAAACCCAACAGCGACCCGGCGUGAUCGUGGUGAAGCACUCGUGAUCCAGCAACGCACUGCGCUCCGUGCACUGAACGAUGUACUCGAAACAGCGACGCAUUCGUUUCCAUCGCUUGACAUCAUCGCGAUUUAUCACUCGAAAAUGAGGAAUCCUUUUUGGCCUGGACAGAAAGAAAGCGAAUAUUUACGAAGAUAGGUAGACAGAGCGAUUGUAAUUAUUGUAAUCGUAUAUGUAUUCUUUUUCGGUACAACGGAAAAGAAUACUCUCCGUCUGCCGUUAAAUCUCCAAUUGUUACCGGAGAUCGUUAUUCUAUAUACUGCGAAAGGCACUUUAUGUAUGUUCCUACGUGUUUUGCUUGCCUUCGUUUUUACAAAGAUCGCUUAAAAUGAAAUAAUGCAUACAAUCACGAUAGAAUGAAAUUUAAGAUAGAAGCAAUAAGGUUUUAAAUCACACGGACAUAGCGCAAACAGAUAACGAAGGCAGAGCCAAGCUCGAAGCUUAAUAAAAGGAUCCUCAGUGUCGAAUUAUUGAAACGAAACGUCGUUUUCCCAUUUUUUUUUCUCAUGUAAAUACUAACAAUUCCUUCCGAUCGUGUAUUUCCGAUCGCUACGAGAUCUCGAAGAGAUCUUCUUUGAAUCUCGAAAAAUUUCCCGUUCCCUCCCUCCUCCCAAAGAAAGAUUCCCUUUCUUUCGCGAGAAAAUUGCGAAAUGAGAAGCGGACGUUUCUUAUCCUUCGUUUUACUAGAUAGUAUGUUUUUAGACUUAAGCGAGAAUCGUCGAUAAUAUUCCUAGGCGGCUAAGUCUGCGUACGCUGUAUAAUACAUAUGUUAUACAUAAAUAUAUGAUUUGUAAAGAGUAUAAAGUACAUAUUUACGUUCUUUUUUUAUAUUGUUACGAAAAUGCAAAAAAUACAAGACGACAAUGCGAGGAUUGAGAUAUUAAGAUAAAACGACGCGUAUAUAUGUUCUUUCGCUUGUUACGGGGUUACACAUACCACUAGACCGGGGCGCGAAAUGACUAGAAGAAAGUGGACUCAAAUAAUAACAAGAUUAAUCAAAAUAUAUCCGCACGCAAUCUUUAAUAUUUGACACACAUGUUAGAAAAAACGCUACGGCAGAGCGGAACGAACAUCGGUGCCCCGCGUGUAUAGGUCUGCGUAACUCCUGUCUACUAUGUUUUCGCGUGUUAUUCAAACAUGUCGCGGGUUGGAGAAAAAUUCCGUUUAAUCUGUGCCAAAUAUCCCCAGACGUUUUGUUCCUUCAUAGUAGACAUAAUGUACGUAAAGUGACGACGCCGGUCGGUACAUCUGGUAGACCGAAAGCGAGUUCACGAUCUCUCGUCUCCUCCAACUUAUUCGUCAAUGCGAUACGACGACCGGGAACCUUGAUAAAGUGAUGACUUUUCCCGAUCGUUAUUUCCGUUGAGUCGCAGACCAUUCUAUCGGAUCAACAUCAUUGAUCGAUGCUAAUUAUUGCAAGGAGAAACAUGGGAAUGGCGACAAGCUUUCUAUGUGUUGACAUUCUGUAUGGUUCUCUUUGCGAAACUUUUAACCCUGCAUACGAUAUAUUGCAUACGAGUUUUUUCUACGCAACAUACGGAUUUCUUAUAGCUUGCGAAUACGAGACUAAGAGGCUUGGAAUUUACAAUUUCUCGUGCCUUUCGAGAAGAGGAGCGAUCGGAAAGGGUCGAACGAUCGAUUGACCGGUGCUGAGAUAAGAACCGUUACGUUUUAUUUUUUCUUUUCUUUCAUUCAUUUACACGCGUCUAUUGUGUAUUAUGUAUGUUAACUUUUUCUUUUUGUGUUAUUUCUCUUUGUGCAUGUACCGUUUCAUCGAGUGUUUGUCGAUUGCAAGCGUUAUCGCUUGCGAAUAAUAGACUCAUAGACCAAUUUUUAAUCAAUUACAUUAUAGUACAUCCUUUCGCUCGUAAUUUACUAUUAUUACUGCUACUAUUACUACUAUUACUAUUACUACUACUACUUUCUUUUCUACGAUGAGGAUAAUUAAUGUACGAGCGCGACAUAAGCUUAAGGGUUUAAUGCAUAGAGGUAUAUGCCUAUGAGAAAUUAAUUUUAAGUACUCUUUAAAUGUAAGUAAGUUAGUGGACCUCUAAACGAGGUAACAUGGUAAGACACAGAAUUACAGUUAAGACCUUUAGUUAAUCUUCUAGCAAUUAGGAUAAAUGUAGAAAUUGUUUAGUCGAGUACGCAAUUUGAAAUACAUCCAGGUUAUUGUCUAUCUGUAUGAUAAAUGUGACGCUACUCCGUAAUUGUAUUGCGUGUAUAUAAUACCUUUUAGCGGAUAUCAUCGCAUAACACGAUCACCUAGCUGAUGUACUACGAUGCUGAAAUAGGAUAAUGUCGUAAAUGCACCUUUCGUACCUUUCGUCAUCGUUCAAUUCAAAUCUCAUUUCGAUAGCGCAUAUUUGCAUAUUUUUUUACGUACCAUUGACAUUUUCAUUGCUUGUUUUUUUU